CUGAUUCGACCAAAAUCAUCCAAUGACAUGUUACAUCUUUAUCGAAUCAAUUGCCACUUAUUACGUAUUCAUUCUCUUUCUGAAGACAAUCGAGAGAGGAACGAGAUCACGAGGAAGCUUAGUUUGAGAAGAUGGGCGAGCGCUAUAACAUCCACAGUCAAUUGGAGCAUCUACAGUCCAAGUACAUCGGCACAGGACACGCGGACACGACCAAGUUCGAGUGGCUGGUGAAUCAACACCGGGAUUCUUGCAGUUCGUUCAUGGGCCAUUACGAUCUACUCAACUUCUUUGCGAUCGCCGAGAACGAGGCCAAGGCGCGAGUUAGAUUCAAUCUCAUGGAGAAGAUGCUGCAACCUUGCGGACCGCCGCCUGAGAAGCCGGAAGAUUAAAAUCGCGAGUCGCUUUCUCAUCGAAUGUGUUUCUUCUUUUUUUUUUUUCAAGUAAAAGAAGAACUGCAUUAUUAUUAAUCCCACAAUUGUUAUUUCGAGAACGAUUAUAUUUGAGCGAGAAUUUCAAUAGAUUAUCAGUAUUUUAAAUGUGUUGUGCAAUAGGCACAAUUUUCUCUCGUCAAGUGUCGUGUGCAACGUGGAUAACCUCGAUCGUACGUUAACGAAGAGAUAUAAAGACAUUUUUGUAUAAUCUUUCCUUGUUACUCUCAAAUAAAUUGAUAUAUAAUACAA